AUGGCUGUUUUAGCAACCAAUCGCAAGCGCAGAGCCGAAUCCUUUAAUUUGCAGGACUCGAAGAAACGCAGAUUCUCCUCUCCGGAAAACCCACUUUCUUCUUUCAAUGCUACAAUGUCGACACGUUCUCCCACUGAGUGCAGAGAAUUUCUUCGAUUCAAAUCACUGGUUUCUUAUGAACCUUUUCUACGGCUCAAGGAGGAUGAAAGAGCUCAAGUUAAACAUGCCUUCUCUAGGAGAAAUAGAACAAACGUCUUGGUUUCGCAUAAAGACUCCAACCUUGAUAUUCAUGGAACGAAUUUACGAUGCCUAAGGCCGACUACGUAUCUUAACGACGAGGUCAUCAAUCUCUAUCUCGAAUUGCUGAAAGAGAGACAAACUAGAGAUCCCCAAAAGUACCUCAAGUGUCAUUUCUUUAAUACCUUCUUUUACAUUAAGCUAGUAGGCAACUCUGGUUCUACUUACGAUUACAAAGCCGUCAGGAGAUGGACUACCAAGAGAAAGCUGGGAUAUGAUCUUACUGACUGUGACAUAAUAUUUGUUCCAAUCCAUGGAGGUGAUCAUUGGACCCUUGCAGUGAUUAAUAUGAAGGAACGCAAGUUCCUUUAUCUUGAUUCACUAAAUGAGGCUGAUACUACAAAAAUUCUGAAUGCUCUGGCAAAGUACUUGGUGGAUGAAGUAAUGGACAAAAAUGGAAAAGAUAUUGAUGUUAGAUCAUGGGGCUGUGAAUUUGUUAAAAACCUUCCUAGGCAACAUAACGGGUACGACUGUGGGAUGUUUAUGCUUAAAUACAUCGAUUUUUACAGCAGAGGACUGAGUCUAGAUUUUAGCCAGAAGGACAUGCCAUACUUCAGGUUAAGAACAGCAAAGGAGAUACUGGGACUGCGAGCUGACUAA